UGGAGCGGGCUGGGAGGAGGGGAAGUGGGAAGCCAGCUCAGCCUGCUCCCUCCGCCUUCCCUCCGCCUCCCUCCCUCCCUUCCUCCCUCCCUCCUCAGCUUGCUUGCUUGCUUGGCCUGGGGGUCCGGGCCAGCAACAAGCAGACAUGGGCCAAGGAGCCAGAGGCUGCCCAGAGGCUGGGGGUCUGUGAGCCGCUGUGGAGGCCGCCGGACACAGGGUCGCCAUGGGGUUAGCCGCCCUGGGCCUCCUCUGCAUGGUGCUUCUGUUCCCUCUUUUGGUGCUUGGGGUCCCCACCGAGGAGCCCACCUCUGGGGAAACCGUGGCCCCCAGUCCCCCUGGGUACUGUCGCCGGUGCUGUGACUCUGAGGACUCCCUGACCUCUGCCGACGAAGCAGAUGUAUCCUAAGCCUCUCCAUCUGCCCUCCCAUACGUACUGCCUGAGGUCAGGCCCUACAUUAACAUCACCAUCCUGAAGGGUGACAAAGGGGACCGAGGCCUGCUGGGCAGCCCCGGGAAGCUGGGCAGGGAAGGUCCCCGGGGAGAGCGCGGCCCGCAGGGCACCAAGGGCGCCAAGGGGCAGACAGGCAGCCCCGGGGGCCCGUGCCAGACUCGCUUCUCUGCCUUCUCUGUGGGCCGCAAGACGGCCCUGCACAGCAGCGAGGGCUUCCAGCCUCUGCUCUUCGACACGGUCUUCGUGAACCCGGACGGCCACUUCGACCUGGCCACCGGCCACUUUGUCGCCCCCCUGCGCGGCCUCUACUUCUUCAGCCUCAACGUCCACAGCUGGAACUUCAAGGAGACGUACGUGCACGUCGUGCACAACGAGCAGGCGGCCGUCAUCCUGUACGCGCAGCCCAGCGACCGAAGCAUCAUGCAGAGUCAGAGCGUGAUGCUGGCCCUGGCGCCUGGGGACCGCGUCUGGGUGCGGCUCUUCAAGCGCGAGCGGGAGAAUGCCGUCUACAGCGACGAUGUCGAUACCUACAUCACCUUCAGCGGCCACCUCAUCAAGCCCGAGGAGGACUAGCGCCUCCAGCGGGGGGUGGGGAGGGGGAGGUGCUCCGACAGGGGGUUGGGGUGGGGGCAGGUCCUCCGCUGCAGGGUCUCAGUCUGCGCCUCCGUAAAGUGGGCCCCCGGGACCUGGCAUUCCGGGUGGUCUUCCUCUUCUUUUCUUCCCUCCAUCACCCCUUUCUCUCCUCUCUUGGGCCUAUUUUAAGAAGCUCUCUGACCGAAAUAUUCUAGAAUGUUCCCAGCCUUUUAGACCAGCACUUCCCCAGACUCGACUGUGCAUCUGAAUGACUUGGGGACUGUGCUAAAAACGCAGGUUCUGAUUCUGAUUCUGAGUCUGACUCCGGAGUAGGCCCCUGAUUCUGCAUUUCGCCUAAGUUCCUGGGUGAUGCUGACGGUGCUGGUCUAUGGGCCCUGCUUGAGUCACCAGAUUCUAGAACUUUCACCUUCAGAUGCUCUCAAUAUUCAGGAAUCCUCCAAAGCUUCUAGACUCUUCCCAACACCCUUCAGUUGUCUCCUCCUUCUGGGGCUCCCCUUCCUCUGUUCUCUUGCCCUUCCCACCUUCUCUCCCGCGUGCGCCCCACCUAUGCAGCUGCCUUUCACUUAGUCACUCAUCAAACGCCUGCCGAGCACACACUCCGAACCAAGCUCCGGGAAAGCUGGGGUGAAUCGGACACAGGCCUUGCCGUUGGUGAGCGCCCGGUCCAGCCAUGGUGAGGGGACACAGGAUUUGGCAACCAGACCCAGAUACCUGCGGGGGCUCCAAUGACACGAGUCUGUGUCUGGGCGGCACUUCAGUCCCUCAUCACCCACAGCUCCCCAAGGCUGGUGCGACAGUGUCUAUUCCCUUUCUUGGCCCUCCUUCCCUCCCUGCCCAGUGCCCUUCAUUAAAGGAAACCCCAGAAGGGCUUUGGUCAGACCAAGGGUGCUUCGAAGGAGGGCC